AUGGACAAUGGACGGAGGCGUUCCAAAGCUCGCACCAGUGUACAAGCCGCAGGCGCUGUAGCAGCCCCUGCCCGAAUGGCCAGCGCCGCUGCUCGCCUUGCUGUUCGUGCCGUUGCCGGCGGAGCUGGCAAUGUCCUCAAGCAAGCCGCCGACCGUGGAGUUGAGAAUGUCUUCUACGGCACGCACCACGACCUCUUUGAAGGCGCCGCCCAGAGCUUCCUUACUGGUGCUGCGAUAGCCGGCGCUAUCGGCGCAGCUACCGACAGGAUGGGGAGCCUAAAGCGCAGCACUGGACCUAACAAGCUACCAGGCAUUAACAAGUUCGAGGGCAGCUUCAAACUAAGGGCGUUCGCCAGGAUUAGGCAAGUUUUAGAACCAAAGCCCACUAAUCCUUGGGCAGGUCUAAAUACGCAGAUUGUCAAAACAGGGAUAAGAGCGUUCUUGAAGCCAGCAUUGAAUAUUGGGUGGGGGCAAGUCAAGGAUGCAUAUAUGAAAUAA